AUGAGCUUCCUCACCGUUUCGUAACUACGGAGUACGAAGUAGUAUUUUGGUAGGGGUAGAGAACCGCCAAUAAUACAUGUGUGAGUGUGACUAAAGACACCCGUCAACCUAAACGAAAACCAAAAAAUCAAACUGAAAGAAACCAGUGCUCCGCCACUUCACAUUUCCUCGCCGGGAAAAGUUUCCGGGUUACCGGAAUCCGGAAAAUCUCCCGAUUAAUUUUCACAGCAAAAAAUUACUUGAAUUCAAUGAAAGCAGUGCGUUCACAGAGAUGGGGUUAUGUUCGUAUAAUCACCGGCACCAUUGUUGGCGGCAUUCUAGGGUUUUACGUUAUGCAUCGUGCUGAAAUCAGCUACAAGGCGAAAUGGGAAGAGAGAUUGAAGAAGUAUGAAGAAGAGAAGAUGAGGAGAGAGAAAAUGGAGUUUCAAGCUGAUGAUACUAUUUAUUUUUCUGAUAAUCUUUCAUCUAAUCAAAGUGGUAAUGAACAAAAUGAGAUUUGAAUUAGUUACUCAAAGAAAAUUAUGUUGAAUCUGUAUUUUUGUUUUUGUUUUUGUUUUGGGAUUGAAAUUGUAUUAUUGUCGAAUGAUUCGAGAUAGUAAUAGUACAUAAGAUUUUGAUUGUUGAA